UGAGAUGCCAUCUUUCCUUUUUAAAUUCCAAGAUGCUGCCGUGAAAAUAAGGAAAUGUUUUUUCUUUUGCUUUUGAGAGACGCAAUUACAGCCGCGUGAAAAUAAAGUUGGACAGGACACUUUACUCAUCCCACUUCUGGCUUGGUGCGAAUUCAUCGCAAGGGGUAUUUGCUUUCUAAGAGGCCAUUCCAUCUUUCCUUUUUAAAUUGGCCUCACGAUACUCUUUUGCACUGCAAAAAUCUUUACAAAUACAAAUAUUAGCUGUUGUUGUAUCCUUUCAUCAAAUCCAGCCCACCCUGCUUCAGAAAAGUUUCAUACAUUUUUGUAAUUCCAGUCUUUGCAUUCAUGGCUUCCUCCUCUACAUCGAUUGCAUCUCCUAAGCUAUACGAUGCAUUCAUCAGCCACCGAGGCCCUGAUGUCAAGGAAACCCUCGCCAAGCAACUGUAUCACCAUCUUCAGGAAAGAGGGUGCAGGGCAUUUCUAGACCGUCCAGAGAUACAAGUGGGGGAUUCUAUUCCUUUUGCCAUUCGGAAUGGCAUUUGCUCAUCUCUUGUGCAAAUUGCCAUUUUUUCUCAAGGAUAUGCAACUUCCUCUUGGUGUUUAGACGAGCUUGUUCUUAUGUUGGAACAAAAACCUAACGCCCUGUUUAUACCUGUGUUCUACGAUGUCCAGCCGUGGGAGCUACGCCACAUCGAGAACGAGCAGUCAAAAUAUGCUGCAGCGUUUUCUUAUUAUCGAAGUAAAGGCAGGUAUCUUGAUAAGUUGGAUGAAUGGAGAAAGGCCCUCGAAUCUGCCGCAGACAUAUCUGGUUUUGAACUUAGCCAUAUAGAGCAUCAAGAUAGUUUAUGUCAAAAUAUUGUGUCUCGUGUGCUGCAAGAGGUGCAAGAGAGGAAAAAUAGGAUACCCUUGGAUGUUGCGAAAUAUCCGGUUGCACUGGCUGAACUCGUCGAAGAUUUUGAAAGUUGUUGUUCAGAGACAAGGAGGCACGAGAGACCCAAAACUGUGGACAAGGUGAUGAUAGCAGGGAUCUAUGGACUUGGGGGGUCUGGUAAGACCACCCUGGCAAAAGAAUUGUUUAACAGGAAGCGUUCAGGCUACCAUGCAUCAUCUUUUCUCUCUGAUGUGAGGGAAUCACAUGCCAAUCGUGAAUUGCAGUGCUUGCAAAGUCAACUCUUGAAAGAUCUUUUAAAGAUUGAAGAUCUAAAGAUUAGCAGUGUGCACCAUGGAAUCGGAGAGCUGAAGGAUCUUAUGGGAAGAGCAAGGCAUUUGCAUUUUCUUAUAGUCCUAGAUGAUAUCGAUCAUCAAGACCAGUUAGAUGCCUUGUUACCUCAAGGUAUGCUCAGCUCUAGUAGCCUGAUUAUUAUUACAACCCGUGAUCAAAGUUUGUUAAGAGGUGCAGAUAUCCUUUAUAAGAUGAAGUUGCUGAAUAGGGAUCAUGCUAGAGAUCUCUUCUGUAGUCAUGCUUUCCGCGGACUGGAUCCACCCAUUGCAUAUGAGAGAAUGGUUGAAAGCUUCCUGGAAUUCUGCGGAGAUUUACCCCUCUCGCUUAAAGUUUUGGGCGCCCAUCUUGAUGGUAGGGAUGAGUAUUAUUGGGAGUUAAAAUUGGAAAAAGCUAAGAAAAUCCAGCCUAUGGAUAUAAUGCAAAGUCUUAAAAUUAGCUUUGAUGGUCUGGACCAAGAGGAGAAACAGAUAUUUAUAGAUAUUGCUUGUUUAUUCAAUAAGAAAUGGAUAUCUAUAAAUAAUGUCAUCUUAAUCUGGGAAGCGUCCGGUUGGAAUGCUAAACUUGCUGUUCAAACCCUGCAAGAUAAGUGCCUGGUUCAAGUGGAAAAUCAUAAUCACUUUUACAAUGGUCCCCCGAAUCUUAAAAUGCUCCGUGAUGAUUUCCAGAUCUUUGAAAUGCACGAUCACAUUCGCGAUCUGGGAAGACAAAUGGCAGAUGAGAUGGGGCCUCCUCGGCUGUGGAGACCACAUAUUCUCAGAGAUAUGGAAGAAAAAGGAUUUAAACAAAUCCUAGCAGAAACAAAGGGCAGGUGUUUCCAUUCAUUCAAGGAUUCGUCCCUCAAAAGGAGGAAAAUUGUUUAUUUUAUAGGGAAUUCAAAUGAUUCUGCUAAGUUUGACCUCCUGUGGCUUGAAAUUCACGACGUUGCUGACAAGUUGAAAGACAUUCCUUCAUGGAUUCCUCUACAAAAAUUGCAAUAUUUAUAUGUUGGCAGAGUGGAAGAAAUAUGGAGCACUUUUCAGCAACAGUUGCAGAUCAAUACACAGGCCAGUUUCGAGUUGAGAAAGCUGCAGAUUCUCGAGUAUUCCUCGUCGCAAAAGCUUCCAGGUUUAAGAGGAAUGCUCAGUCAUUUGGAAGAAUUAGAAAUAGACAGCCACUCAAGGAAAACUGAUAUGGCAUCCCUCCUGAAAUCAAUUAAAAAACUUAGUACUCUUAGAUCAUUGAAGUUGAUCUCUGCGAGCGGCUUAUUGUAUGGGUCGACUUUCAAUCUGAGCAAAGUUAGUUUGGAGAAUUCUACAAGCAGCCACAUGACUAGCCUUGAAACCAUAGAAUUUACGGGAUUAAAUUAUAUAUCAGAGUUGCUAAUUAGUGGAAAGGUUUGUCCCAGACUUCGAUCAUUGAGAGUUGCUUGGAUCUAUGAUCUAAAUAAAGUGGACUUAAAGCAGCUAGAGAGACUGAAUACUCUUGAGGUGAGGCACUGUGUCAAAUUGGAAACAAUAUCAGGCUUAUCCUCUCUAACAGGGCUUCAGUCUCUUACAGUGGAGAGAUGUCACAGAUGGGAAACAAUACCAGGUUUAUCCUCUCUAACGGGGCUUCAUCAGUUUAUAGUAGAGGUCUGUGAAGGGUUGAAAUUGUUGCCGAGCCAUGCACAUCUACGUCAUCUGGAGCGACUCUUCAUUAACGGUUGUCAUCAACUGCAGAGUGUGGAAGGUUUUGAAGAGUGGCAAGGAUUGAAAAGUCUAAGAAUUGAAGUGCCAGACAAUGGAUAUGCAUGGGUACAAAAUUGCAUUUAUGGACUGAGGAGGUUGCCAUCAGAGUACAUCUUUUUAAUAGGGAAUUCAGUGGAUAAAGCAGCGUCUAUAUUGGAUGUAAAUUUAUUUUCUGAGCUGAUCGGUGUCCAAGGAGUCACAGAGAUGGAGAGUAGAUCUUAUACAUGGGGAAUGGAACUGGAUAUGAGAAGCUCAUCAAGUGCAAUCACUAUAUAUGUUUUGCUUGUAAAACUUGAUUAUGAUAAUCUCAUGACAUUUGGGAUCACAAAUAUAUUUGGGAAUCAGAUGAAGAUGGUUACAGUGUUACUCCCCCACCAUAAUAGUGAGGGUAUUCAACUACAAGGCAUCAAAAUAAUAAAGGGGUUUAAGGUCAUCGUGAAUGAAGGGGAAGAAAGGAAAGCUUUAAUUUUAAUACAAAGAUUUUUUGACAGAUUAUACAGAGAAGGUAAAAGGAUUGAGGAAGUUAAUUUACUUUGAUUAUUUACUUUUGAAAAGCUUUGUCAUCUUUGCUGUAUUAUUAAGUCUUUAAUUUUUAAUAUUUCAUGAUUAA